AUGUUAACUGCACUUUCAAAAAUUUUAAAUUAACAUUAGUCUGAAUACAAGCCAUCCACUAACAAGUUGAGCUAGACUGGUGAAAUCAUCUACAAAGCUCUUAUUGGUGAUAUUGGUGGUACAAAUAUUCGUCUCAGACUUAUUUCUUUUACUAAGCAUGCAAGAAUCCCUACUGUUAUUAAGUCAAGUGAAAAUAUGAAAACUAACCAAUUUAACUCCUUCACUGAUGCUAUCGCUAAAUUCCUUGAAGGUGUGGAAGAAAUCGACUGGCCUGAGUUUGCAGGUAUCGGUAUGGCUGGUGCUGUUCUUGAUAACUAAAAUACUCUCACCAAUGCUCCUCAUUGGCCCAAAAUUAUUGGUAAUGAACUUGCCUAGUAAUUCAAAAUUAAGAAGUUCUAACUCUUUAAUGACUUCGAAGUAGCCAGUUAUGCUUGUCUCAACUUAACCAAAGAAGAAGUCAUCCAAAUUAAUACUGCUUAGGAAAUACCCAACAAAAUUAAGACUGUUUGUGGUGCUGGUACUGGAUUAGGUGUUGCUAAUAUCAUCCCUUAUCCUAAGUAUCCUGAAAGCUCUGAAUAUGUCUAUUAAGUAUGGCCUGGUGAAGGUGGUCAUGGAUCUUUUGCUCCUAUUACCAAAACUUAAUAGGAAUUCGUUGACUUCUUAUUGAAAUACUUCCCUGAACGCACUUAAAUUGCUUUAGAAUAUGCCUUCGUAGGUCCUGCUAUUCCCUACAUGUAUGCUUUCUUCAAAAAUAGACAUUAAGGUUCAGAAUUAGCUUUAGAAAAGGCUGAAGGAGCUCACCACAGCUUUGAUGUUGAUGAAUACCACAGAAUGAAGAGAAGUAAAGAUGAAAAGGAAAGAGAAAAGGCUAACUUCCCCAGUCACCUCAUUUUUGAAUAUGGUGUUUAAGCAAAGGAUGCAAUUUGUGAAGAAGUUGUUAAAUUCUUUGUUAGCAUAUAUGAAACUGCUAUUGGUGAUAUGGCUGUAAGAAAUUUACCUUAUUCAGGUAUCUACUUAGUUGGCAGCAUGAGUUUAGCUGUUCUUCCAUACAUUCAAAAGAACUAAGCUACCUUCAUGAAGGAAUACUAUGACAACAGACCCUACUUAAAGGAUGUCUUUGAUAAGAUUCCUAUUUAUAUUGUAAAAGAAAAGGAUAUUGGUCUCGAUGGUGCAUACGUUGUAACUAGAUAAAUGGUACAAUCAUAUCUUUCAUCGAUUCCUGCCUAGUGA